AACAUUCAAUGGAAUAGUCUUUGCUCUUUGCCAAAUAUUUACUUGAGUUGUAUUUUUCUCUCGUUUUGUUAUUUGUAGUGAAAUAAUUCCAUUGUUGACUGGCAAUAUAACAGCCGAACAAAACAUUGGUACGAGCGUACGCCUAUGGAUGAGUGUUUUUACUAUUGUCAAUAGCUAUGGAGGGGCUGAGUCAGAAUGAAAAGAUUAUCUGGUCAUGUUGGGAGGACAAAUCUGCCAGGGAUGUGGCGAGAGAAGCGGCAGCGAAGGGCACACAUAUCGCUCUUGCUGUAAAGUAUCUCAUGAGUAAAAACAACUGGACUGAAGAGAUUGCAACUGACUGGUUUUUAGCCGAGGUCAAAGCAUGGACAGUUCAACUUCUACUACGAAAACAGAUUUUCAAAGUACUCCACAUCCUAACCAAAGUGAAGAUAAAUCCUGAAGAACAUCUGAUGACCUUGGCUUAUGAGUCUCCACAAAUAGAAUAUAGGGACUUUAUUGUAGAAAAUCUAGAAAAAAUGGUUAAAGACAUGAAGGUGGACAAUUUAGAGAAGUGGCAUAAUUUCAGAAGACAUUGGAAUUUGUUGAGAUAUUUGGAGAAAUCUUUUGAAUCUGAGGGAGUUUUUAAACAAAAUAAAGUCUUUGGUGGCAAUAAAAACAGAAUUUAUGUAAAUGAGAGUGAGAUAAAAGUUUUGACAGUAGAAAAAAUUGAAAAGUAUCCUCCUGAGUGGAAAAGCAAAGUAGCUACUGCGUUGUUUUUUGAUACAUUUGAGUUCUCUCUUCUCGAUUUCUCCUCACCCUUAGAGGUAUGGAAUUAUUUAGUGCAACACAAUAAAGCCAUGAUUUUGGUCCGUUGGAUCAAUGUGCAAACUUCAGAGGUAGUUAGGGACAUGAAUGCUCGAUACAACUUUUUUAACAAUGAAGGGUUUGUCAAAAAACUGCUUAAUGUUGACACUAAAGGUUUCCAAAAAGAUAUCCUGGUCAGAUUAGAUGAAAUUUUUCGAAAUUGGCCCAUAACUAAGGACAUGAUUGACAACGUCGUAACCAGUGAUUGCUUCGCGUUUACAAAGAUGUGUAUUUACGACACAUUAUGCUCGUAUGGUAUUGUUAAUGAAGACGAGAAAAAUAAUCUGUAUCAAAUAAUAUCAAGACUUGCCAGAACUCAGAAUUUGAAACUUAUUGAUGACAUAUUCACUGAAUCUUGUUCUACAAUAACAAAACAACACUUUUACGUGGAGUUAGCAAAGUAUUGCGUUAAAAAUAAUCUCUUUAAGGUACUGACUAUGUGCGUUGAGGGCAACAUAUUGGACACUGAUCUGUCAGAUGUGGAACAAGAGGCUAAGGAUUGUAUUGAACUUUGGUUGCUUUUUAAGAGUAUAGAACAAACUUCAGAUAGACAAAGCCAUGUAGUUCCGGUCUACAAGACGUGCCAGCAAAUAGCUGGGGAAAAUAUCGACAAUUACAUCUCAUCAAAUCCUCAUUUAGUACUUGGAAUGAUCUUACUUGAAGACAAUGCUAAACUUUUUGACAUAUUUUCAAAGGAAGAUUUUUUACAAUUCAAAGACUUUAAAUUGCCAAAUAAAGGAUACAAAGACAAGCUUCCGCAUCUAUACAAUGUUUACAAGAAAUUUUCAGAUUUAAAUCAAAUGUAUGAGUCAAAAGAUGUCAAUGUGUAUCAACUGUUAUCUGGCUAUCGCGGGCUUGAUGUAUCUAAAGUAUUUGAAUACCAGCUAGUGAAUCAGAACACGAGCAGUUUGAUCAACGAGAAACCGGAUCGGCGCAGUCUAGGGAGCUUACUGUCGAAUGAUGUGGAUGUAAAUGCUAGUAGCAUUAAAACGCUGUCGCAAAAAUUCAUGGAUAUGCCAGAUUUUGCUAAUGAGAAACUGAUGAAGAGAUAUGGCUACGUGGCGAAACUUAACCAUGUUUAUUACUUGAAACAGUACAGACCUUGCAACGCGAGUCAGGCGUUUGUAGCGCAACAAUAUCAGACGUACAACAGGCUCCAAGAGAAAAGUAUAAAAAGUGCAUGCUGUGAAGGCCAUGCUUUAGCUUUGCAGAAUUGGUCUGAUCCUGCUAUGACUGCGUGCGCUAUUUCUUUCGUUGCUAUGAUUGGUUGCAAUCCUAUGAGAUGCAGAGUCCACAUGUCUGCAGCGAAAUUGAUUAAGAGUUACUUGCUAAAGAAUGGUGAAACUGAAGACAAAGCAAAUAAAAUCGUCAAUGAGUACAUGUCCAAAUUGGUACAAAGUAAUGACGAAGCUACUAAGGAAAUACUUCAGUACUUAGAGGAAAUAACAAUAAAAAAACUCAUAAAAAAUUCAGAGAUUGAUGGCAAGAUCGAAAUGUCGACAGUAUUGUAUGAAUCCCAAACGAUGGUGAAAUUUGCGGGGUUGCACAAUCUUCCGUUACCAGAGUUGCUCUUAAAAGAAUUCAUAAGGACAGAUUCAUGGUUCAACUUUCUCCUAUUCGGCGAUGUGUUUCGCUACCCACUGUCGCAAAUGCUUCAACUUUCGCAGGGGUUUAGGAAGAAAUCUUAUUCUGAGCACUUGAAAUACAUCAUGUUACAUAGGAAUGUUGAAGAAAUGUGCGAAAAAGAUUACAAAUCUCUAUCUAGCAAUGGGCAAAAAAGGGCUUCAAGGAUGAACUCUAUUGAUGUCAGCCCAAGCCCGUCUCCAUCGCAGAAUAAUGUGUUUGAGUUCCCUCCAAGUCUGUAUAUGGGAAAAGAGCUGUGGGAAGUAGCCGCGGCUUGCCACGGUCCAGAAGAUCCCCCAGCCGCGCUGUUGAGGGCCGCAGAUAUGUAUCGAGAACCGCUUCUUGUUCUUAUUGCAAGUUGUUAUGAGCCAAAUGCCGUAGAUGUACUAUUGCCGCAAUGGAUUCUAUCCUCUUUGCCUAUUACACGAGCUCAAGAGUUCCACCGAUCGGCUGCGGCGCAAAGUGCCCUAGGGGACCUGUUUCAGUUAGUUGCAGAGUUAUGUCUGCUAGAAGGCUACAUUUCCACUCUGCAUGAAUCUGUGGUGGUAUUUAUGCCGGAGAGUCCUUUAACAAUCCUAACAUCAUUCCUCUACCGCUGUAUCCAUCAACGUAUUUUUGACUCGGAAUCUGUCAAGUUUUUGUCUAACUUUCUCCAACACUGUCAGCGCAAGUACAGCAUGGACACUACAGUUGUACCCUUCCAGUUAUCCAAGGAGGCACUGCAAAAGUUGGCAGUUUCGCUGUUGAAGAUUGCGUUAAGUCACAGUUUUGAUAGCGCCUUCCAUCAAAGAGAAUUUCUAAGGUGCUUAGCUACGGCGCAGUUUGAAAAGGGGCUUAUGGUACCAUCUCCCAACUUCAUCACAUUGUAUGAGAUUUUGCAAAUAUCUAUGGAGACGUCACUUGUCGUGAGUAUAUCAAAGAUGUUGCAAAAUGAUGCGCAACAAUACCUUUCUCAAUGCGUUGAAAUGUAUACUGCAAAUCGAAACUACGACGUUGCUCUAAAAAUAGCCAAACUUACGGGACUGCAAACGAAUGAAAUUCUCAUAGCGGAAUGGACGCAUAAACAUGAAAUGCUACACAUGAAAGAAGAUGCAGUCGAAGAUAAAGAUCUCACAUUGUUUAUAGCUCAAUGCAGUGAAGCGUUUAAGAAAGCAACAGUGACUUUUGCUAAGGCAACUGAUUUUCUCAUCUAUCAUGUAAAGGGGAUUUCGGAUUCUGUUCAAAAGUUCUAUAGCUACAGAAUCGUUAUGAGUUGGUUCGAGGAAAACCUUGAGUAUGGACAGAGAAGAGAGGAAAUUGAACAUCUAAUGUGGAAUGCUUACUUUCAAAGCGAGUCCCAAGACGAAAUAUUCCUCAAUGGCUAUCAAAGUACAUUACAUUAUAUACUAAACGGACAAAGAGAUCCUACACUUUCAAGGAAAAUUGGACUUGUGAAUGCUGAGAAACCUUUUUCUAUGCUGCUUGGUGAAAUUGAGAUUGAGUCUGAUGUGGGGAAUAUUGAAAAUAUUGUUGUUUUGGAAGAGCCUGAAGCUAUUGACAAUUGGAGGAAGGUGAUGCACAAACUCCUCGAGCUGAAGCGGUUAGUGGAGGCGUUCAGAUUAUCAGCUCUGUUCAGGACUCCUCCCGAAUACAGGUACAGACCACCAGCGUGCCCAGUUACCAUUAUGAGAACUUGCCUGAAGCUUGCUGAAGGAACUUGUUCCCCUUACGAGUUGCCUCAAGAGUUGAGGCUUGUGAUAUCGUCUCCUUUCAUGCAAAGCAAACUAUCACUUUCAGAGACAUCCGAUGCUAGUUUUGAAGAAUUAGUUGUGAUCCAAGAGAAGCAAGACGUUGCGUCUGAAAGUAUACCGCACUUGGCCGCUAGGGAAGAAGCUGACCGUUUGUCCGCGCUUGAUGCAUUGGCUGCUCGGAGUGGUAUCACAGUUGCGAAGCAGGUGACAAGCUAUUACCGCAUAGCGUUGCAGAUCGGGUGGUCAUACAAUGCAGUGUUGAAGUAUCAAAAUCAUUCUGUAGAUUUCAUCAAUUUAGUAAGCGGGCGCGCGCGCAUGUUGCUUGCCAAUCUCGUUUUCCGAACCUUCAAUAUCCCUUCUAAGCAGGUCGCAGAAUACCUAUGUCGCGAAAUGGUUGCCGCUAUAAUAUCACCUCAUCUUUUAAAAACAUCUACCUUUCGUCAAAAAGAACAUUUCAAAUAUACACUUUGGGGCUACACACUUAAUUCGGACAUUGAGAUGUUUCUUAACAUGAGACCUGACGCUUGCAGCCAAAUAGGCAGGUUCAUAUUAGACCAUUUGAUGGCAUUCCAAAAGAUAUACAAAGCCACAACAGCAUCAAAACUUCCAGAAAACUUGCUGGAUGACAGUAAUUUAGACGUGGAAACUUUAAUUGACGAAGAGUAUCAAAACGUUGAAAGAGAUGAUAUUUCGUCAGCCCAAUCGUCGGUAGUGACUGAGGAAGGAACUUUGAUGUCUGCUGAUACAGAGUCCGUGUUUUCGAUUUCUACGGUUUACACUGUCGGUCCUAAGAUGACAAGAGACACGAGAAGAAAUCUGUUCGAUGUAGUUACUAGAAGAGAUAUUCACAUUCCUUACGAGGUUAAGUCGAAUAUAAGGAAGAUUACUAAAGGAGCGAAGUUGUCUACUAAACAGGUGAACAUAAUCUCAAUCGAGCUUCUAGUACUAGCACACGAGUGCUUCAGCGGCGCGUGCGACACUGAGGGCGUGGCAGUAGUUCUCGUAUCGGCCGCGGCGCUCACGGCGCGUUUGCUAGCUUCACGUUCAUGGCGACUCAUGGUGCGACUGCUGUGCGGCCUCGCGAGAUAUACAGAGUGCGCUUAUGUCUUCCAGGCACUACGCGACAACCAUCAGUUCGAGUUCCUUCUCGGUCAAUUCGACUACAUGCUAGGUCAGCAGCCAGAAAAAAUAGCAGAAUUUAAACAAGGACUUCUCGAUUUUCUCAAAACCUACUGUCCUGGUGACACGGAUACUUACAUCAUGGUUGCGUUGCACUUCAACAUGUACGCAGAAGCUGCUAACGUGAAGAGGAAGCAGGCAUACUCGUUGAUCGAUGAUUUAGAGAAAAUGGCUUUAGACGCAGCUAAGGCAACAUCGAAAAAACCUUUUCAGCAACCUACGUGGCUUCAAAUACAUGAUAACGCGCAGACCCGUUUGUUAUUAGACACUGCCUUGAAUCAUUGUACUGAUGCCUCUGAAUUGUAUCUCCAAGGAGGUUGCAUGGGUUUCGCGGGUGAAAUGGCAGCGCUUGCGCAACAGAUCGCACUACAAAUGUCUUUGCUGAACGCGUCACCUACGAGACUGAUACUGAAUAGAAGUACUGAGCAGAUGUAUAGGCUUGUUAGCGAAUAUUUGAGUUUCAUGGAAGGUCUUGUGCUGCUGGCCGGCCGCGGCGGCGAGGCGUGGCAUGAACUCGCAUACCGGCGCACGCUCACCAACGACCAGGCAUACUUGCGAGACAUGGCCAACUAUCGCCCCGACAUCGCGCACCAGUUUUUAAACAGAUAUAAAACAGAGAAGAACAAAAAUUCGGUGUCUCAAGCCGCGAUGACUGAGCUACGUAACUUGUGCAGAUGAUAUAGGAUUAAAACGUAACCUAACGGCCGAUCUCAGUAUAGUGUUAAGGCCGGCGCAGACUGACGUCGCGGCACGGCACGGCAUGCCGCGGCAUGUCGAAGCAUGUCGAAGCGAGUCGCGGCAUGCCGAAGCGCGUUGCGGCAUGCCGCGGCACAUUCGCUGCGCGCCAUUCGCCGAAAUCGCCGCCGCACUAGUUUCAAACCUUAUUUCAAUUAGUUUAAUUGUCAUAAUUCUGUGACCGACGUGACUUGCGGGACGUCUGUGGAAUGAAACGGCAUGCCACGACGUGCCGCGGUAUAAUUGUAUCGAAAUAAAAUAAUAUGAAUUUUAACCUCGAUGAAAUAGGAUAAAAAUAACUUGAUUAAAAAUAAAAUCCUUUGC